UUGGGUUCACUUCCAGAAGCUGGAGAUGAUGCAGGGCGUUUGGAUGGCAUCUUAAACGCGUAAACAAUACUUUACAGUAAAGUACAGAGUAAAUCGUUUUUCAAAAUUCGCGGAAUGAGCGCUGUUCUGCGCCUCAUGCUUGUGACAUCAUAUGCGGCCCCCCGGGAAUGGGCAGGGGGCGCAAAUAUUAAACCGCGAAUGGGCGGGGGAUUACUGUAUUGACCAUUCUGACAGGAGACAUGCAGUAGGUCAGCCGCUCCACCCAUCUCAUCAGCGAUCUGAAAAGAUCAUUAAGGGCUUGCUUGGUGGGACAUGGGACCUCUGUCAUGUGACCUCACUUGAACUCUGUGUGGACGCUCACCACGACCUCCUGGAACACGUUGGUUCCUCCUUGCCCAGAUUAGUGGAGCUCAGAGUGAACAACAGCAAGAUUGCAUCCGUCAGGGACCUGGGUUUGAACUCUCCUAACCUGGAGAGGCUGUGGAUGUCUGGAUGUGGUCUCCAGGACCUUGAGGGCAUUUCUUCUUUCCCUUUUCUUAAGGAGCUCCAUGCAGCCUUUAACCGCCUGUCUGACCUUUUUAAUGUCAGCUUUCUGCAAAAGCUGCAGCUUCUGGAUCUGGAAGGAAACGAUGUGGAUGACUUGGUUCAUGUGCAGUGUUUGCAAGCGUGUAUCAAACUCCAGACUCUGACCCUGAGGGGAAACCCUGUUUGUGUUCGCCCAGACACCACCUGUCCUCAGGUGACUGAUUACAGCUACAGAGCUGCUGUGCAGGAGCUCCUCCCCCAGGUGUGUUACCUGGACAAUGUAAAGGUGCAGGACCGACUGACAGACAUCCUGGGCGUUCCUGGAAAUGAGUUUGGAUCCAGCAAUGAAGGUGGUGAGGUGGGUGGAGCCUCCCGCUACCAUUCACCUGGGGGCCCUUCUCCCAGCUCUGCUGCCCCUGCCCCAUCAGGAGGCCCCCAACCACCUUCUUUUUCCGGUUGUGGUUCUUCAGAAAGCGUACCGGCAGCAUCCAGCAUCCUUUUGCACAGAUCCAACAGCGUGUUGUUCUGUGGAAACCCAGUGAAGGCUGUUCGGGCCAGCAGACAAAGAUUAGGGUCUGCUCCCGCCAGAUCCACGCAGCACCCGGCCGUCCAUCAAGCGGUGGACACCCUGGACUCUGCGGAUGUGCUCUCUGAACUGCGUGCUUGGAGGGCGCAGCACAGCAGACGUCUUCAGGCCUUCCAGAAGAAAGGGUCACCUCUAAAUCUAAGACAUAAAGAAGGAGGGGGCAAAGACUCCAGCGUCCAAAAUGCUGAUGGAGCACAUUCUUCUGUCCAGUGCUCCCCGUCAGAUGUGCGUCAGAGUGACACGGGUCCCGCUCCCAAAGGGGGGGUCGCAGGUGUCCGUUUGCGCUGUCUGCGUCCCAUUGAGACCACCUCAGAGCAUUUCCCCCCCAUCAACAGGGUAGUGCAGACCAUCGCAGGGCCCCAGUGUGUUCACCGGCCCCACCCACCCCCAACACGCAGAGUCAACUCGGGACGGACUUUGGACUUGUCUUCUGUUCAAAGCAACAACAUCUUCAGGAGACCAGCAACGAGCCGUCCCCACACCGGACUAGUGCUUCUGCAGACCCCCCCCCAGCAGCAUCAGCAGUGCUGCAGAGGGAGCUUGAAAUCACUGUGACGUUUCCCUUUUUUUACAAUAAAUUGGGGUCCUCUGGA